AGAAGGCGAGAGUUCAGGAAGGAAAACUACGGACCGACGAUCGCGAAUAGAUUCGCAAAUCGCAAAAGUGGACGGUUCCAUUCUGGUCUUCCAUCGACGACCCUUUCCGGGGAGCUCCAACUGUGUUUGGGACCUGGGGCUACGGUUGGGCUGGAACGCACGCACGCACGAGCGGAUUGACCCCUGCUCAAUCGCACCGUGCUCGGAAACCCCUCUUCGCAGGAGAAGAUUUGCGUUCGUGGUGAGGCGAAGCAAAGCAGUCUACGGGAAGGAGGAUGCAAUUGAUCACGCAGGACAUCCGGUAGAUCGAGCCUUUUUACACUAAUCCAUCGAACGACGUCGGGUGGGGCCGUCCAAGGGGAACCUUUCGCAACGCUGGGAGCUAUUUCGAAACGUUCCUUAAACGAACCGCAAAAUACCCCCUGGGCUUCCAGUCCGAAGUAGCGCGCCCGGAUGGACGUGAUCAUCGGACACGACGUUCCGACCGCAGCGAGCGCAACGAAGACGAACACCUCCAGCACCACCAGCACCACCAGCACCAGCAUCUGCGGCAAGCACUGCAAUGGCACGGUGGUGGGGGAAGCCGAGACAGUCAAGGAGGUCGUCACAGGCGGUGCUGCUCCCGCUGGGGCCGGAAGGAAGAAAACGAAAAGGAAAAACCGUGCUAAAAAUAGUCAGCGAGAGGAAACGGCGGCCGACGAUACGGCCACGGCGGUAGAAGGAAGUGUACUCACCACCACCACCGUACCAUCGUCAUCUGCAAAGGCUGCUGGGGAUGUAAAUAGUAGUAAUCAUAACGACCGUAGUAGCCAUGGCACCAACGGACUGCCAGACCCGCAGCUCGAAGAUGCUGUUGACGCAAUUAGCAAGAAGCUGGAGCAGUGUGUUCACGUUGGCCGCAAUGGUCUGACGAAUGGGUUGCCAAAGCUGGAACAGAAGGAUUCGAAUGGUGAUGAGCGUGGAAGCGAGAGUAUUGUUGGGGCACAGGGCGGCACGCCGAGUUCAGGAGCGACAAGUAAAAAGAGUAAGCAGCGUGCGAGACAACAGAAGAAAGCACAACACGAUGUCCCACAUUGUACGGCGCUGCCGAAUGGUGCAGUUCGUGCGGAAGACAGUGAAGCUAGUAGCAAAGAGGAACAAACCAGUAGUAGAAGUAGUGUCAGUAAUACUGCUUCUUCCGGUGUCUCCAUGAAAUCCAAUUGUAAAUUAGACGCUGCUUCCGCUUCGACCGCAGCGAUGGUCGAAGUGAACAUCGGCAAAGUGGAGCCAGAAGAACAGCAGCCUUCUACCAAUGUUGCUCCAGCAACAGCGCAAUCACUAGGCUGCGGUGCUGCGUCUACCUCAUCCUGUUCGUUACCAAAGGCAACUACAGCGGCGGCUGUGGCAGUGGUGAGCGGCGACGGUGACAGCGGGCUACAAAAGGAAAUGUUGUCCUUAGCGAGCACCGUACCUGCCGCAGUUGCGGCCGACAUCACCUAUCAGGUGUACGAAUCGGAGCGCCAAAUGCCGGCCAUCAUGGCGCUCAUCCAGAAGGAUCUCUCAGAACCGUACUCGAUCUACACGUACCGCUACUUCAUACACAAUUGGCCGAAACUGUGCUUUUUAGCGCAGCACAACGGUACGUGUGUCGGUGCCAUCGUAUGUAAGCUUGACAUCCACCGGGAAAACAUCCGCCGGGGUUACAUUGCGAUGCUGGCCGUGGACAAGGACUAUCGGAAGCUAAAGAUCGGCACGACGCUCGUGCAGAAGGCAAUACAGGUCAUGCUCGACGAUAAAGCCGACGAGGUGGUACUAGAAACGGAGAUCACCAAUCAGCCGGCCCUGCGAUUGUACGAAAAUUUGGGUUUCGUGCGCGAUAAGCGACUCUUUCAUUACUAUCUGAACGGUGUAGAUGCGCUCCGGCUGAAGCUAUGGUUCAGAUGAAUCUUUCUGUCCAUCGCCGUUGCCGCGACCAUUUCGGCAUCACAUCCAGGCUCGUUCGCAUGUAGUUUCGGUUUGAAUCAAAGUAAUCGAAAUUGGCUGUAGAUAACCGUUUUCACGUGAGCAGAGCAGGUCGCCUUUAGCAACCUUGCGGCAGAGGGUGUUAUUUUUCGAUUUUUGUUAAAUAGCUGCGCUAGUCUUUAUGGUAAUGCGGCGUAGAACUGCUGAAACAUAAUUCCGGCAGAUUUGUCUUUCAGUGGAUACAAAUAGAUUAUUAGAAGCUUUCAUGGGUGCGAAAACUAAAAGUGAGAAACCACAGUCCAACGAUGUUACUCACCAUCAACAAUACCACUAACUGAUUGAAACAGUUUUUCUAUUUUCGAUCAUUUUAGAUUCGUUUGAUUCAUUUAAUCAAUAUCAAUACAAAAUCACCAAUUUGUAGCGAGGUGUAAACAAUAUCUACAUAUAUUUUUUGUACCUUUUGGCUACAUCUGUAGAGAAAGUCAGGGAGCGAUAAGCGCAGUACAGGCGCAUCCAACAAUGGCCCACCAUUCUCAAUUCAACUAUUCGUGCAGGUAUUAUGAGCCGCAAAAUGUUAGUUGCUGGGAUCGACUGUCUAGACAGGCAAACGUGAAAAUCGUAAAGUCGCGAUCAAUGUAAACCAUGAUGCGCUGAAAAAGGGUGCAGAUCUUUGGGCGGUGACACACCGUCAAGGAAACCAAUGAAAUUCUCUGAACGAGGGACUACGUUUCAGGUUAUUUGUUUAAAUUAUCAAGCUGCGAACUACGAACUGCUAGAGCCAAGUCAAGAUGAUGAACGUGGUAUCGCGAAGGAGAAACAGAAUCGUGGGUGCGGGAGAGUUUUUGGGAGGAAUGGAAUAUCAAACCUAGAAACCGUUUUGCAAUUGUAAAUAGUCGAACAAUAAAAUAGAACAAAAAACCCAAAACCCAAAAUACGGAUCGCCAUUCGAUCAGUCGCUCGGUGAGGC